AUGGACUUUGCAGCCCUCAUGUCCAAGGAGCUGGACAAGUCCAAGAAGCCCACUUCCACAGCAGCAGCCUCCUCCUCAUCGAAAUACAUCAAACGAGCCGACGUCGAAGCGAAGCGCAGGGAAGACUACCUGGCAGAACAAGCCCGCGUCGAGGCCGAGCGGGAAGCCAAGGCCGCCGCGAAACGCAAGCGCGAAGAAGACGACGCGGCAGAGAACAAGAUCCGCGAGGAGAAGCGACAAAAGCUCGCCGAGGAGUCACGGCUGCGGCGCGAGGAAAAAGAAGCCGAGGAAGAACGCGCGCGGCGGAAGCGGCUGGGGCUGCCCGAGCUCGUCAAGGCCACGGCCGAAGACGACGACGAUGCCGCCGUCGAAGAGGGCAUGGAGGACAUCCCCGACGGACAGCUCGCGGAGAAGCUGCGCGCGCUGGGCGAGCCGGCGACGCUCUUUGGCGAUGGCCACGGCGCGAGGCUGAGGCGGUACAGGCGGCUCACGACGGUGGUGACAAAGGGCCCCAUCCCGACGACGCUGCAGCUCGUGGAGGAGAAGGACAUGAAGGUGGACGCGGCCGUGCCCAAGGACAAGGAAGGUCGGCGGUGGCUGUUCCGCCAGCUGGCUUCCUACUUCACCAUGGUCCUGGCCGAGUACGAAAAGGCAAUGGAGGCGGAACGACGCGACACAACGGCGAGCAAGACGGCGUACAGCGCCAUGGUUCAGAGCCGCGAAAACCUCAAGCCGCUCUUCCGCAAGUUCGAAAAGUACGACCUCGACAACGACCUCCUCGCGCCCAUUAUCGAAAUCACUCCUGGGCGUGUCCCGGAUCGCGAAUCCGGAUGGAACUCGAACGGUGGUUGA